GUGCAACCCUGGGCCCCUCGUCCCGCGGCCCGGACACCUGCCUGAGCCCGUAUUCCCUUGCUGGGAUGCUGCUCCCUCUGCUGCUCCUCCCCUGGGCAUGGGGGGCUCUGGCCGCCUCCCCUCCUGUCCCCCCAGGGUCUCUCACCCUCCGGCUGUUCCAAACCAUCAUCUUCCACAACGCCAGCUCCACGGACAUCCUGGGGACAGCCCUGGUUGGCGACCUGGAGACCCACUCCCUAGACUGCAGCCCCUGCAAGAUCCGCUUCCUGCAGCCCUGGGCCCGGCUGGGCCUCACCCCGAAGGUGUGGCAGGACCUGGAGACGUUGAUCUAUACCUAUCUGUCCAACUUCAUCCGUAUGAUGAACGAUCUGGCUCAGGAAGAAGGAGAGGGCUACCCCUUUGUUACCCAGUUCACCGAGGGCUGCGAGCUCCACCCCAACGGCACCUCGAGGCAAUUCUGUGAUGCUGGGAUGAACGGCGAGGACUUCGUCAGCUUUGACAUGGACACCGGCAAAUGGGUCACUCGGCGGGGGGAUAAGCUGACGCUCAAAGCCCUGGAGAUUCUUAACUGCAACAGAGCGGUGGCCAUCACGCUUCCGUUUCUCCUGAGAACGACGUGUGUCAAUGAGCUCAAGAGCUUUGUCCAGCAUGGGAAAGAGUCUCUGGAGAGGCAAGAGCGGCCGGUCGCCGUGGUGUUUGCCCGAGCGCCUCCCCCAGCCGGGACCCCCGCGCCGUUACUGCUGGUUUGCCGGGUCACCGGUUUCUACCCCCGGCCCGUCCGCGUGGCCUGGCUGCAGGACGGGGAGGAGGUGGGGCCGGGCGGGCGGCUGAGCUCCAGCGGGAUCCUGCCCAACGCAGACCUGACCUACCAGCUGCGCAGCUCCCUGGCCGUGGGGCCGGGCGACGGGCACAGCUACGCCUGCCGGGUGGAGCACAGCAGCCUGGGGGGCCAGAGCCUGCUGAUCCCCUGGGGGCACAGCAGGGGCUGGGGCCCCGGCCUGGCCGUGGGCAUCGCCCUGGGGGUUGUGGCCGUAGCCGCCGUGGCCGUGGCGCUGUGGAGGAGCAGACGCAAGGGCUACCAGGAUGUUAGACCAGGGGGGAGUCCAGGGCCUGAGGGUGGCACCGGCCCAGGCGUGGGCAUUGGUCUCCUGGGGAUAUGGACCUUCAGGGACGUCUACACCUGCCAGGUGGAGCCCAUGAGCCUGUGGGGCCCCCUCACUGUGCACUGGGAAGCACAGACUGACUCUGCCAGGGGCAAGAGGCUGGCUGGGGUUGUGGGCUCCGUGCUCGGGUUGGUCUUCGUGGUCCUGGGAUUGCUCGUGUACCUGAGGAAUAAGAAAGUUCACGAAGGUCUCACAGUCCUUCAGAGCCCCGCUGUCCUCCGAGCAUCCCCCGGCGAGACCGUGAACCUCAGCUGCUCCUUCGAGAACAGACUUGGCAGGAUGGCCAAAGCAACGUGGACUAGAGCACCCAGAGUCGUGCUGGAAUCUGACCAUCCCUUCUACAAGGGGAGGCUCAAUGUGUCCCACCUGGAUCUGCUCCGGAAAGGGGAGGCCACGCUGACCCUGUCGAAGUUGGAGAAGCGGGACUCUGGUCUCUAUCAGUGCCACAUCAGCAUCCACCAGGGAGAGAGCGGGACAGGAGCGGGCACCGAGCUGCGGGUGAUGGGGAGAAACCAGAGUGACACAGGUAAAAAACCUGCCCCCUUAGGGUGCUGCACCCGGGAGCUCCUGUACCAGGUUGCCAUUGCCCUGGGGCUUCUUCUCAUCGGCCUGGUGGCCACCCUCCUCCUGAAGAGACGCCGAGGUACCAAACCAGAGCCUUCCCCCCACUAA